AUGUUCACGCUGACCCUCAAGGCUGAGCUCCAAGGAGUCACAAACCUCCGACCCGAUGACUCGGAAGAGAACCCCUUCUGGUACACGUUCAAGGUGCAGUGCACUUCGUGUCGCGAGACCAACCCCAGCUUCGUCGGGGUGAACCGCUUCGAAGCCAACGAGCUCAGCGGCAGCAGGGGCGAGGCCAACUUUGUGUGGCGAUGCAAGAACUGCAAGAGAGAGUCGUCUGCGUCGAUUAAGGAUAGACCCAAGGCCUACGAGCAGACGGAACCGCCCAAGGCAACCAGGAUUAUUGAAUUUGACUGCCGUGGUCUUGAAUUUAUAGAGUUUAAGCCUGAGGGUAACUGGCUGGCUGAUGGUGUCGAGUCCGGCACCAAAUUUACAGAGAUCGAGCUUGAGGACGGGGAGUGGUUCGACUAUGAUGAAAAGGCCGGGGAAGAAGUGAGCAUCAAGGAACUUGUGUGGGAGAUCAGGCGUUCUUAG